CGCGUCUCGGGGUGGCUGGGCAGCGUCGGUCACGCGGAGGCCAACUUUCACCGCCACUCGUUCUUGCCCCGUCUUGGGUAUUUUUUUCUUUAAAUCCACUCAUUGAGAGCCGGGCGUGAUGGCUCACGCCUGCACUUUCCACACCCCAGAGGCUGAGGCGGGAGGAUAACCAUGAAUUUGAGGCUGGCCUGGAUUAGGCAGCGAGCGUGACACUCCGCCUCCAAAAGUAAAAAAAAAAUAACUCACUUGAAAUUUUAAAGCGCCACAGUACAUGCAGCCUCUAAUAAUGUCACCCCAAGUAGUAUCCACCGAAUCUUAGAUUGGAUGUACGGAUUAUGUUUUUCUCCUAUAAACUUUGAGGACUUAGAUAUUAAGAUUCCAAUGGUUUGUAUAACCUUUGAAACUAUAUUGUACCACGCGUGGGAAAUAGCACACUGUCGUUACAUAAGCCGUUGGGAUCUGCCCACUUCAUUCCUGGUUCCUGUGCUAUGGCAUUUUCUGAGUACCAGCUUGUGAGCUUGGCCCUUCGGUGGAGACUUGGCUUACAGAGAAAACUGAGAUACUCCAUGUUUCCCUAUCCUCUAAAGAGUUUGGGUCAAGACUGGACCACGCCGUGGGAGGAUCUACAGAAAUAUUGCUGGCGCAGACACAUUUCCAGUUGUUUGAGGUGGCCAGGACAUUACUCCCGUGCGCCUUACCCAUACUUCAGUAGCAGGCAUUUCUCAUUGAACUGUAGACCACCUUUUCUGUUUGAGUCUGGAAUGCAGUUUCAGUACUAUAAUUGGAGACCUGACCACCUGAGCAACGCAUCCUUGAUCCAUCUCUCUCGUCACGUCAUGACCUCUGACAGAGAUGAGCCCUCAUCUAAACGAAGAAAACAUCAAGGAACAAUAAAAAGGAACUGGGAGUAUUUAUGUAGCCAUAAUAAAGAGAAUACAAAGGACCUAGAAGACAGAAAUGUUGACUCCACAUGUGAGGACCGUGAAGAUAAGUUUGACUUCUCAGUGAUGUCUUAUAACAUCCUCUCGCAGGAUUUACUGGAGGAUAACUCUCACCUCUACAGACACUGCCGACGUCCAGUGUUACACUGGAGUUUUCGGUUCCCCAAUAUUUUGAAAGAAAUCAAACAUUUUGAUGCAGAUGUGCUUUGUCUGCAGGAAGUUCAAGAAGAUCAUUAUGGGACAGAAAUCAGGCCAAGUCUGGAAUCACUGGGUUAUCACUGUGAAUAUAAGAUGAAAACAGGAAGGAAGCCCGACGGCUGUGCCAUCUGCUUCAAACAUUCCAAGUUCUCGCUCUUAUCUGUGAACCCAGUGGAGUUCUGCCGCCGUGAUAUUCCUCUGUUGGACAGAGACAACAUUGGAUUAGUUUUACUCCUGCAGCCCAAGAUGCCACGUGCUGCCUCUCCAUCCAUCUGCAUAGCUAACACACAUCUGCUGUAUAAUCCACGGCGCGGUGACAUUAAGCUGACCCAGCUGGCAAUGCUGCUAGCUGAGAUUGCCAAUGUGACCCAUCGCAAAGAUGGCAGCUCCUGUCCUAUUGUCAUGUGUGGUGACUUUAAUUCUGUUCCUGGUUCUCCACUCUAUAGUUUCAUAAAGGAAGGAAAAUUAAAUUAUGAAGGUCUUGCAAUUGGAAAGGUAUCUGGCCAGGAACAGUCUUCACGGGGACAAAGAAUUUUAUCUAUUCCAAUUUGGCCCCCAAACCUAGGCAUCUCUCAGAACUGUGUUUAUGAGGCACAGCAGGUUCCCAAAGUAGAAAAGACAGACAGUGAUGUGACUCAAGCACAGCAGGAGAAAGCGGAGGUCCCAGUGUCAGCUGACAAAGUGUCCUCGCACCUACAGCACGGUUUCAGCUUGUCAUCUGUCUAUUCCCAUUAUGUUCCUGACACUGGAGUUCCAGAGGUGACCACCUGCCAUUCCCAAAGUGCCAUAACUGUUGAUUAUAUUUUCUACACUGCAAAGGAGGAGAACACUGCUCAGGGUCCAGGAGCUGAAGUUGCUUUGGUUGGUGGCUUGAAACUUCUAGCUAGACUGUCACUUCUAACAGAACAAGACUUGUGGACUGUGAAUGGCCUUCCCAAUGAGCACAACUCCUCAGAUCACCUGCCUUUGCUGGCCAAGUUCAGGCUUGAGCUCUGACUGCUGCUCAUCCUGUCUGUAUUCUUUUCAAAGAAUGUAAAAAUUUUAAGUAUUUGCAUGCUGUUCAUUUUUUGUGAUGUGGGGUUCUGAAUUUCUGUUAUAUGCUUGAAACAGAUUGGAAGAAACAAAUUUACAACUUUUUUUUAAAUGAAAUAUUUUCCUGACAACUGAUGUCUAAAGAACUUUAUGGUAAAUGACUUCUAAGUCCUGUUAAAGUUGACAGCAUUUUUAAAAUGUAGUUCAUCUUGGCCCUGAAGAUAGGAAGUCAGUGCUUUUUAGUUCAUCCGGUGGUCCUGCCCAGACCUGCAAAGCUCAGCAUGCUGCCUUUUCUGGAGACCCAAUUUCAUUGGGAGAAGCCUGUGCGUGUUCUUAGAAAUCACUGGGUCACUCCUCCACAGGUCCAAGCUUCUGGAGAGGCUUGACAGUGUGUGUGCUGUAGAGAACAUUGGCCCAUGUCACUGCCGCCCUGAGCUGUGUGGGGUGUGCCUACAUUUUGUAGUGGAAAUAGUUGAGAAGUAUAGAUCACUCUCAUAUGAGCAAAGCUCCUAGGGAGAUAUGGUAGUGCACACCUUUAAUCUUAUUAGCAUUUGGCAGAUGGCGGCAGGUAGCUGUGUAAAGCCAGCUUUAGCAACACAGCAAGUGUGAGGGCAGCUUGGGCUACAUGAAACCCUAUCUUAAGACAAAAAAAAAAAGGCCAAGUCCUUUAUGUCCACUCCUGCCUAGACAAAGGUUGCCAUAAGGAAAGCAGAUGGGCCAGGUGCAACCACAAACACCCUUAAUCCCAGCAUCUGGGAGACAGAGGCAGGAGGAUCACUGAGUCCCAGGCUGACUAGGACUACACACAAGGCCCUGGGUCUCAAAGACCAGCAAAAGGCGGCAGACUCCAGGUUGUACCUCUGUCUCCUGUACUUGCCUUUCUGUUUAUCGAUGGUGGAAGGCCCUUGGGUCAGGAGUGACGUUUCCUUGAGCCAGUUUUGUAUAAAUGUAUUAGAGAAGUGCUCUUUGGAAGGAAGCGUGAGCUCUGCAGCUGUUUACCAUUUGCCUCCAGCAUGCAGGAGUCGUCGUGGGAACCUCACUGACUGUUGGCUGUACAGUUGAGUUUGGUACCGUGGUACAGCAGGGUGCCAUGGCGCUUACACUGUUCUCUGCAGCCUCACAGCAGCCUGACCAGCCAGUAGCUUGCCCUGUACAAGUGUCCAAUAGUAAAAUUCUAAAUGUAAGUAGAAAUUUCUCUGCUUUUUAAAAUAGUAGACUCAGAUUACAGACAUUUUUACUAAGUCAUUACUGUGCAGUAAUAAAUGUUCUCUACAGUGAGUUUUAUUAAUAGAAUGUUUUAUAUUAGACAAUAGAUCUUUGCAAUUUAAAUUUUUAACUCAUUUAUUCCAGUUGUUUUAUGUGUAGUAGACUACUGCCUCAGAGGUGUGCAGGCUAAGAAGUGCCCAGUGAGCACCAAGCAAGCCGACCCUGCUUUCCAUGUAGAGUAUUAAUACAGUGCUGAGAUGGUCCAUAGUUUGAUUCCAUGUAGAGUAUUAAUACAGUGCUGAGAUGGCCCAUAGUUUGAUGCUCUCUGGGGUGCUAAGGGUCCUGAUUGGAGACAUAAUCGUUAUCGAAUUACAGUGGUAAUUGUCUCUUUUUAAUAUGGAGGAUGUGGUGAGGGAAUUUGUAUAGACAUCAUUGUAGGCAAACUAACAUUCAUAAAAACCUUUGUAAAGUUUUUAUAUCCUGAUGAAUAUAAUGUGAAUUUAGGCCUAUUUCAUGUAUAGCACUUGGAUACAGUUAACUUAUAAAUUGCUGAUAGCUUAUUGUUAAUCUAUGGCCACACAACACUUUUCACAAGCUUUUAAAACUCCAAUAAAAAUGACCUAUUUUCUCUAC